AUGGGCACCCGUGACGAGGUCCCCCCAGCCAAGGUUCUGGCUUCAGAGGCUGUGUACUGUGGGAGUGUCCCUCGGACCAGAGCUGGGCCCCAUGUGCUCCCGCCUGCAAGCAUUGCCUCCAAUGUGCCAGCUUAUGGAGAAGCUUCCCUGCAGCCCAUGCCGAGCAUCCUGCUGAGCAACGAGGAGCCGUCACAGUCACAGCUCUUGAAUGCACCUGGGGACCGGGGCAGCCUCAAACUGGAUGCCCCUUUGAAGGGCUGGCAGGCCAGGAAUGGUCACCCCAGGAACCUUGGGAACCUGUCUUUGGGGUCCCGCCACCUGGCGCCCCUCCUCUCACUGGAGUCAGAGACCAACAGCGUGGCCCGGGACACCACCCAGAUCAAGGACAAGCUCAAGAAAAGGAGGCUGUCAGAAGGCUUGACAGCGUCUUCCCGAGCCUCUCUGGAUUCUGGGGCAGGCCCCAGAGGAGGUCCCCUGAGGAGCGCCAUCCCUCGCGGCACUUCUCAGAGGCUACUGAGGGUCUCCAGGCCGAUGCCACCCAUCCAGAGCAUCCCCACCACCCCUGAGGCCAGUGGAGCCAAGGAGAGGGACCUGGACCCUCCCCGGAGUAGUCAGGGUCCCCAGGAGCUUAGACCUGGUGCCCAGCAGGUGCAGAUCUCCCCUCAAUACCUGCACUGCAAGGACGAGAAGAUGCAGAGGUCGCUGGGAGGCCUCGUGAUUCCGCCUAUCCCCAAGGCUGGGCUGCCCUCGGGGACCUCCUCCUGCAUGCCUGGCUCUCUUCCCAGCCCACUACUGCCUGGCCGGGAUGUCUCCACAGGCCUGACGGCCCCACACAUACGAUUUGUUCGGGAGAGUGGGCCUCGUGAGAAGACCCCGAAAUCUCUGGAGCCAAAACUUGUGGCCACACCCAUCAGGCGCAGGUCUGCCACUGCUGAGAGGCCCACCUUGCCUUCAUCCCAGUCUGCUCCUUUGCUGACAGCCUUCUCCUUCGGCCAUGCCAAAGAAGCCCACCCCUUGCUGAAAGAAGAGGACCAGAAGGAAACCAGCACCAAGAUCCAAGUCACCAUCUCCAAGUCUGCCCAGGAGAAGAUGCGGCUGAAGCAGAUGAAGGAGAUGGAGAUGUUGCAGAGGGCGGAGGAGCCGGAGAGGGAGCAGGAGCUGGCUUCCCAGAGCCGGGGCUGCCGGAGAACCUUAAUGAAGGAAGGCCUCCUUCCCCUCCGGGGCAGCGGGACCCUGUCUGUGGCCACAGGACUGAGCAGCCCACACAGAAACAACCUGAGCAUCAUCCCGAGGAAGCGAGCCAGCCGGUCCUCGCUGCCCAGCAUCCCCGUCAGCAAGCAGGAGCCCAGCUUUGCCCGCCAUGCUUCAGCUCACUCGUUACCUGCGGUGCUCACUCUGGGGUCUCCUGAAUGGGAAGAGGAGGAGGAGACAGAUCCCAGGGCCUUUAAGGAGUUGAGGCCUUUCUUGAACCCGGAGCUGGGGUUGGUGGAUGCCCUCCAGUGCCUCAACAGCAGCGACUGGCAGAUGAAGGAGAAGGGCCUGGGGAGCAUCCGGCGCCUGGCUGCCUGUCAUGCAGAGGUCCUCGCCGGAAGGCUGCAUGACGUGUCUUUGGCAGUGACCGGGGAGGUCACCAACCUCCGCUCCAAGGUGUCCCGCCUGGCCAUCAGCACCCUGGGAGACCUCUUCCGGGCCUUGAAGAAGAAUAUGGACCAGGAGGCGGAGGAGAUCGCCCAAUGCCUGCUCCGGAAGAUGGGGAACACCAGCGAGUUCAUCCAGAGAGCAGCCAACCGGUCCCUGGGGGCCAUGGUGGAGAAUGUGACCCCUGCUCGCUCCCUGGUGGCCCUCACCUCAUCGGGCGUCUACCAUCGAAACCCCUUAGUCCGGAAAUGCACUGCUGAGCACCUCUCGGCUGUCCUGGAGCAGAUCGGCGCUGAGAAGCUUCUCUCAGGCACCAGGGACAGCACAGACAUGCUGGUGCAUAACCUGGUGAGGCUGGCCCAGGACUCCAACCAGGACACCAGAUUUUAUGGCCGGAAGAUGGUGAAUAUCUUGAUGGCAAACACUAAGUUUGAUGCAUUUCUGAAGCAGUCCCUGCCAUCCCAUGACUUGCAGAAGGUCAUGGCAGCCAUCAAACAGCGGGGGAUAGAAGAUAAUGAUGAACUUCCAUCUGCCAAAGGCCACAAGGUUUCGAGGAGUCUGGUGGUGUGUGAGAACGUGUUGCCCAUCGAGGAGGGGCUCGGCCCCAGUGGCCCCCGGCUGGCAGGGCUGCGUUCCUCCCUGCGGGGUGGCGUGGAGAUGGUGGAGCAGCUGCGGGCGCUGACGCGGCUGCUGGAGGCCAAGGAGUACCAGUCUCGGAUGGAAGGCGUGGGGCGGCUCCUUGAGCACUGCAGGACCAAGCCAGAGGUCAUCGCUGCCAACCUGGUCCAGGUCUUUGAUGCUUUCACCCCAAGGCUUCAGGAUUCCAACAAGAAAGUGAACCAGUGGGCGCUGGAGUCCCUCGCCAAGAUGAUCCCUCUCCUCAAAGACAGCUUGCAGCCCAUGCUGCUCUCCAUCGUCGUUGCUGUUGCAGACAACCUCAACUCCAGGAACUCGGGGAUUUAUGCUGCCGCCGUGACUGCACUAGACACAAUGAUUGAGAGCCUGGACAACCUCUGCCUCCUGCAAGCGUUUGCUGGGCGGGUGCGUUUCCUGAGUGGCCGAGCAGUGCUUGAUGUCACAGAACGCCUGGCAGGUGAGCUUCCCCCAUCCUGCCAGCCCAGCCCUGUAGUCCCUCUCUGUUCUCUCCUGCCUGGGUUGAACCAUCCACUUGCUUAUCUUAGACCCGAGAUAAUCCCCACAGAGCAUUUCAAAUUUUUGAUAAUCUGCUAUUUUGAGACAAUUUCCACAUUGCCAGAAAACAAGCUUCAUUUUUUGUCAAAAUGA